UCAGCUGACUCGAAUCACAAGAUCUGUAUUACAGUGCGAGGAGAGGAGUUCGAGCGAACAUCACUGUGGUCAGUUUGGUGGAGUUAUUGUGAGAAUAACAAGUUAAACGCAACAUUCAGUCAAAAUGUCUCUCCCCAAAAUUAGAGAUGAAGAGAAGGAAUCCAACUACGGCUAUGUAUACGCUGUAUCUGGACCUGUCGUUACUGCCGAAAAAAUGAGCGGUUCGGCUAUGUACGAAUUGGUACGUGUCGGUUACUACGAACUUGUCGGUGAAAUUAUCCGUCUUGAGGGUGACAUGGCCACCAUUCAAGUAUACGAGGAAACCUCUGGCGUAACUGUAGGAGAUCCCGUUUUGCGUACCGGAAAACCACUGUCCGUUGAAUUGGGUCCUGGUAUCUUGGGCUCCAUUUUUGACGGUAUUCAAAGACCUUUGAAGGACAUCAACGACUUGACCCAAAGUAUUUACAUCCCCAAGGGCGUGAACGUUCCAGCUUUGUCCAAGACCACUCAAUGGGAAUUUAUGCCACACAACAUCAAGAUGGGUUCUCAUUUGACUGGAGGUGAUCUUUAUGGUAUCGUCCAUGAAAACACUUUGGUUAAGCACAAGAUGAUUUUGCCACCCAAGGCUAAGGGUACUGUAACCUACAUUGCCUCGCCCGGCAACUACACCGUCGAUGAUGUGGUUUUGGAGACCGAAUUCGAUGGUGAACGCCAGAAAUUCACCAUGUUGCAGGUCUGGCCUGUACGUCAACCGCGUCCAGUUAGCGAAAAGUUGCCAGCCAACCACCCACUUCUUACUGGACAACGUGUGUUGGAUUCUCUGUUCCCAUGUGUUCAGGGCGGUACCACUGCAAUUCCCGGAGCUUUCGGUUGCGGAAAGACUGUCAUUUCACAAUCUCUCUCCAAGUACUCCAACUCCGAUGUUAUCAUCUACGUCGGUUGCGGAGAAAGAGGUAACGAGAUGUCUGAAGUAUUGCGUGAUUUCCCCGAAUUGACCGUUGAAAUCGAUGGAGUGACCGAAUCUAUUAUGAAGCGUACCGCUUUGGUAGCCAACACCUCCAACAUGCCUGUCGCUGCUCGUGAGGCAUCCAUCUACACUGGUAUCACCUUGUCUGAAUACUUCCGUGACAUGGGUUACAACGUAUCCAUGAUGGCUGAUUCAACCUCCCGUUGGGCCGAAGCCUUGAGAGAAAUCUCCGGUCGUUUGGCUGAGAUGCCUGCCGAUUCCGGUUACCCAGCGUACUUGGGAGCCCGUUUGGCCUCCUUCUACGAACGUGCUGGUCGCGUCAAGUGUUUGGGUAACCCAGACAGAGAAGGUUCCGUAUCCAUCGUCGGCGCCGUAUCUCCACCUGGUGGUGACUUCUCCGAUCCCGUCACUUCCGCCACCUUGGGUAUCGUGCAGGUGUUCUGGGGUUUGGACAAGAAAUUGGCCCAACGCAAACAUUUCCCCUCCAUCAAUUGGCUCAUCUCCUACUCCAAAUACACUAGGGCUUUGGAUGAUUUCUACGACAAGAACUUUGCUGAAUUCGUCUCACUCCGUACCAAAGUCAAGGAAAUCUUGCAGGAAGAGGAAGAUUUGUCCGAAAUUGUGCAGCUCGUCGGUAAGGCUUCCUUGGCCGAAACCGACAAGAUCACCCUUGAAGUCGCUAAGCUGCUCAAGGAAGAUUUCUUGCAACAAAACUCGUACUCAUCUUACGACAGAUUCUGUCCAUUCUACAAGACCGUGGGUAUGUUGAGAAACAUGAUUGGAUUGUACGAUAUGUCCAGGCAUGCCGUCGAAAGUACCGCGCAGUCCGAGAACAAGAUCACAUGGAACGUGAUCAGGGACUCCAUGGGCAACAUUCUGUACCAAUUGAGCAGUAUGAAAUUCAAAGACCCAGUAAAGGACGGCGAAGCCAAGAUCAAGGCCGACUUUGAGCAAUUGUACGAGGACAUCCAGCAAGCCUUCAGGAAUUUGGAAGAUUAAGUAAAAUAAUUUCAAACACUCACUAUUACUUUUCCAAGUGUACAAUAAUACUGUUUUUUGCCUAGUGUAGAUAUCCAUUUCUCUUGGUGAGGGUUAAAAUUGUUCCCUAAAAUAUUUUAAUUUUCAUUCCAUUUGCGUUUCCGAUUUUCCACCGAGUAUUAAUUACAUUGUAUAAUAUUUUCGAGGCUCCUUGACGAAACCUGUAUUUUUUUUUAAUUGGGACGC